AUGCUGAUACCAUCACCUGUCUACACAGGCGAGGAUGAUCUCAGAGCCUUGUGGGCAACCGUGAACAAGCCUUGGAAACAGAUCAGGUGGCUCGCCACGAAAAGAUCUGGUAAACAUUUUGGUGUCGCCUCUCUACAGGUUGAAUGUCAUGUUAUCCUGGAGCAAUUUCGCACUACUCGGAGUAGAUCGAGUUUUAUGGUCCAAAACCUAGAUUUGGCUCUACGGAAUCGAGACGUGUUUUCAUUUGCCUUUAUGAAAAUAGAGAGCACAGGACGGGGCGGGACAGGGUUGCCGUUGAGGCAAGCAAGCUAA